UUUUUCCUCCCCGGCGGAAGCACACGCUCCGUUCCAUCGGCGCUCGCCUCCUCCUCCGCGGCUGUUGGGGGAUUGUUCCUCCGUCCGUGCGUCGGGAGCGGGUGCCGGGCUCCUCCUCGCCGCCCUCCCUCCCUCCGCGUCCGUGUCCGUUGCGGGGCUGCCAUGGCCGAGUUCCUGCCGCCUCCCGAGUGCCCGGUCUUCGAGCCCAGCUGGGAGGAGUUCGCCGACCCCUUCGCUUUCAUCCACAAGAUCCGGCCCAUCGCCGAGCAGACAGGGAUCUGCAAGGUGCGGCCGCCGCCGGAUUGGCAACCUCCGUUUGCAUGUGAUGUUGACAAACUUCAUUUUACUCCACGAAUCCAAAGGUUAAAUGAGUUAGAGGCCCAAACCCGGGUUAAACUCAAUUUUCUGGACCAGAUUGCAAAGUUCUGGGAACUUCAGGGAUGCUCACUGAAAAUUCCACAUGUAGAAAGAAAGAUUUUGGACUUAUUCCAACUUAAUCGACUAGUUGCAGAAGAAGGUGGAUUUGACUUGGUCUGUAAGGACAGAAAGUGGACUAAAAUAGCCACCAAGAUGGGGUUUACACCUGGCAAAGCUGUGGGUUCACAUAUUCGUUCUCAUUAUGAGCGCAUUCUUUAUCCUUACAAUUUAUUCCAGACUGGAGCUAGCCUACUGGCACCUGACAUUUGUUCCAAACUGAUGUGUUUAGUGGAUGAUGCAGUUCUGGAAAAGUGUUUUCAGAAACCACCAGAUAUUACAAGUGAAACAAAGGACAAGGAAUAUAAACCCCAUGACAUUCCUCAAAGACAGUCUGUCCAGCCAUUAGAAACAUGUCCGUUGGCACGUCGAGCCAAACGCAUGAGAGCCGAGGCUACUAAUAUUAAAACGGAUGCAGAGGAAACUACAGAAACCAAAACUCACAACUUGAGACGCAGAAUGGGAAGCACCUCUGCAAAACCCGAUGGUGAUAAAGAAACUCAAAACAUAGUGAAGCAAGAAGUUGUUGAAAGCAGCCAACCAAUUUGGGAAACAGAUCGAGAAAAACCAAAGGGACGUUCUAAGAAAAGUGUUAAUGCUGUGGAUUUGUAUGUGUGUCUCUUAUGCGGCAGUGGUAAUGAUGAGGACCGUCUGCUUCUAUGUGAUGGUUGUGAUGACAGUUACCAUACCUUUUGCUUAAUACCACCUCUUCAUGAUGUUCCCAAGGGGGAUUGGAGAUGCCCUCAAUGCCUAGCCCAGGAGUGUAAUAAACCACAAGAAGCAUUCGGUUUUGAACAGGCAGCACGAGACUACACUCUUCGUACAUUUGGAGAAAUGGCAGAUGCCUUCAAGUCAGAUUAUUUUAAUAUGCCAGUGCAUAUGGUUCCAACGGAAUUGGUUGAGAAAGAGUUCUGGCGUCUUGUUAGCACAAUUGAGGAGGAUGUCACAGUAGAGUAUGGUGCUGAUAUUGCUUCAAAGGAAUUUGGCAGUGGGUUUCCUGUGAGAGGUGGGAAAAUUAAGCUGAAACCAGAAGAAGAGGAGUAUCUUGAUAGUGGAUGGAAUUUGAACAACAUGCCUGUGAUGGAAGAAUCUGUACUAGCUCACAUCACUGCAGAUAUAUGUGGAAUGAAGUUGCCCUGGUUGUACGUAGGCAUGUGCUUUUCUUCAUUUUGCUGGCAUAUUGAGGAUCACUGGAGCUAUUCUAUUAAUUAUCUGCACUGGGGAGAACCUAAAACAUGGUAUGGAGCCCCAGGAUAUGCAGCUGAGCAACUGGAAGAAGUCAUGAAGAAGCUGGCUCCCGAAUUAUUUGAAUCUCAACCAGACCUUUUACAUCAACUAGUUACAAUUAUGAAUCCAAAUACACUGAUGUCUCAUGGUGUGCCGAUUUACCGAACCAACCAGUGUGCUGGUGAAUUUGUGAUUACUUUUCCAAGAGCAUAUCAUAGUGGCUUUAACCAAGGUUUCAACUUUGCUGAAGCGGUUAAUUUCUGCACUGUUGACUGGUUGCCAUUGGGUCGUCAAUGCGUGGAACACUAUCGCUUAUUAAACCGCUAUUGUGUGUUUUCUCAUGAUGAAAUGAUAUGUAGAAUGGCUGCCAAAGCAGAGACUCUUGAUGUGGUGGUAGCAUCAACUGUUGAGAAAGACAUGGCUAUUAUGAUUGAAGAUGAAAAAGUGUUACGAGAGGCUGUGUUUAAGCUGGGAGUUACUGAUUCAGAAAGAAUGAAUUUGGAAGUGUUGCCUGAUGAUGAACGGCAGUGCAUGAAGUGUAAAACAACUUGCUAUAUGUCUGCAAUAUCUUGUACUUGUAACCCUGGUUCAUUGGUAUGCCUGUAUCAUGUGGAGGAUCUCUGUACAUGUCCCACUUAUCAAUAUAAAAUGGGAUACCGCUAUACAGUUGAUGAACUAUAUCCUAUGAUGAAUGCACUUAAAUUGAGGGCGGAGUCCUACAAUGAAUGGGCUUCUAAUGUCAAUGAAGCUUUGGAAGCAAAAGUGAAUAAUAAGAAAAGUCUUGUGAGUUUUAAAGCUUUAAUUGAAGAAUCUGAAAUGAGGAAGUUUCCAGACAAUGACUUGCUGCGGCAUCUCCGAUUAGUUACUCAGGAUGCAGAAAAAUGUUCCUCAGUUGCACAGCAACUACUUAAUGGCAAGAGGCAAACUAGGUACCGGUCUGGAGGAGGAAAAUCUCAGAAUCAGCUGACUGUGAAUGAACUCCGCUUAUUUGUUAGACAGCUCCAUGCUUUGCCCUGUGUUCUCAGCCAAACAGCAUUGCUAAAGGAUCUUCUUAACCGGGUGGAAGACUUCCAGAAAUAUAGCCAAAAACUCCUCUCUGAAGAAAUUCCCAGUGCUUCAGAACUACAGGGACUCUUGGAUAUCAGUUUUGACUUUGAUGUUGAUCUUCCUCAGUUAGGCGAAUUAAGAAUACGCCUAGAGCAAGCACGCUGGCUGGAAGAUGUAAAUCAAAUUUGCUUGGACCAAAAUUCACUCACCCUAGAUGAUAUGAGAAGGCUCAUAGACUCUGGUGUUGGACUAGCUCCUCACCCAGCAGUUGAGAAGGCAAUGGCUAAGCUACAAGAGCUCUUGACAGUAUCUGAACACUGGGAUGACAAGGCUAGAACUCUGAUAAAAGCCAGACCCCGACAAACAUUAAGCAGCCUUGAAGCAGCAGUGAAGGAGAUAGAAGAAAUUCCUGCUUAUCUUCCAAAUGGCAUAGCAUUAAAGGAUGCUGUAAAAAAAGCCAAAGAUUGGCUACAGGAAGUAGAGGGUCUGCAGGCUGGUGGACGUGUUCCUGUAUUAGAUACGCUUGUGGAACUUGUGUCAAGAAGUCGCUCUAUCCCAGUACAUUUGGAAUACUUGCCAAGACUAGAGUCAUUAGUGGCUGAGGUUCAAGCUUGGAAAGACUGUGCAAGCAAUACUUUCUUGACUGAAAACUCAUCUUACUCUCUUCUUGAGGUGUUGUGUCCAAGAUGUGAUAUUGGCAUAUCAGGAUUUAAAAGAAAAACAAAGAAAUUAAAAGAACCUGCUCUGAAUGGUAAAAAAAGGAACACCAAAUUGGAGAGUUUAAUUGAUUUAGAAAGAGCUUUAUCUGAGAGUAAGGAAACUGCUGCUGCGAUGGCCACACUUACUGAAGCUCGUUUAAAAGAGAUGGAAACACUUCAUGGCCUGAGAGUUGCAAAUGAAGAAAAAAUCUUCUCAAAUGAACAGAAUACAGAGAUCAAAGUUUGCCUUUGCCAGAAAGAGCCAGCGGCACCAAUGAUCCAAUGCGAGCUGUGCAGAGGUGUUUUCCAUACCAGUUGUGUUUCAGUCCCCAGCAUUUGGCAGGAGCCACGAGUGUGGCUUUGUCCACAUUGCCAUCGAUCUGAAAAGCCACCUUUAGAAAAGAUUCUGCCUUUACUGGCCUCCUUGCAGCGUAUUCGUGUGAGACUGCCCGAAGGAGAUGCGCUACGGUACCUGAUAGAGAGGACCGUGAACUGGCAACACAGAAUGCAACAAAUGCUAUCCUCAGGGAAUGUAAAACUUAUACAAGAGAACACGGGUUCAGGGAUACUAUACAGCAGAUGGCAAACCAUGGUGGGCCAAUUGCAUGAAACUAGUAAGGUUUCACAGACAAUUGGUGCCACAUCUUUCUCUUUGCCUCAUGACUGGAACAACAGACCCAUGCAUUUACACUCUCCUUUUUCUACAGGACAAAACUGCAUCCCUCUUCAUGCCAUAAGCACAGAGCUAAAUGAACUGAUGAUGGAAGCACAGUUACUACAGGUCUCAUUACCAGAAAUACAAGAGCUGUAUGAGAUCUUGCUCACAAAGGAGAGCUCUGUUUCAAAGACAGAACAGAGGUCACCAGUGGGACUAGCAAAUGAAAAGAAUGAUUGCCGAGGGAAGAGAGAUGGAAUUUGCUGUAUGGAAAGGAAACUGAAAAGACGCUUUGAGAGAGGAGAUCUUUGCAGUGAAAUGAGAUCAAGAGUCAGGAAGAUAACUCCAAACAAGAAAAAACUGAAAUUGGCUCAGUUGAGAGAACUGAAUACCAGCAAAUUGGAAAGAGAAAAGCUUUUUGACAUUCAGCGAUGUGGAGAAAGUCAGUUGCUUCUUUCAGAUAUGUCCUUGUCUGAACAGGAAGAAUCUGAAGAUGAGGAUGCCAUUUGUCCAGCUGUCAACUGCCUGCAGCCUGAAGGUGAUGAAGUGGAUUGGGUACAGUGUGAUGGCUGCUGCAACCAGUGGUUCCACCAAGUAUGUGUGGGUGUCUCUCCGGAAAUGGCAGAAAAAGAAGACUAUAUUUGUGCAAGCUGUACUGGAAAGGACUUUUCCUAUCAAAACUAGAAUGCUUGAUGGGUGUUCAGAACUCUGCAACAGAAAAUGAUGAAUUUUUUUCUCCAUAAAGCCACUGGGCUGGUUUUAGAGCCAAGUUGGAAAUGGUGCUACUUCUAUCCUCAUGGGAUCAUUUUUCAGAACUUAAAACAAUUUGACACUUUUGUAUUUUUAUCCUUUAAGCUGUUUGUGGUUAUUGAGGUUUGAAAUGCUGAUUGUUCAGCUGGGGGGUUUUCGCCAGUUAGAAGGCAUCAAACAUGCACCUUUUCAUGUAUAGCAUUAAAUUACCUCUUUGGAAUUUACCAGCACACUUGAUCAACUCUGUUUAAGUGCAAAACACUGCACUAAGUUUCCCUAUUCCGUAUUUCCUCUUUUUAAAGAAAUCCCUGUUUCCUCUCUUGAACGUUUUUUGAAAACUUUAGAUUUUUUUUCUCACUUUGAUUUUGUAGACUAGGUUUAUUUAUCUGAGCAAUAACUUCUGUGUCUGGUUUCAAUGACUGGAUUUAUAAUUCUGAACAGCGUGUUGGUGCUUCUAGCAUUGGUUGAUGUACAGAAAGCAAAUGUUUAGGUUCUAGUGUCACUGAUGGACUAGUGAUGUAGAAGACAGGAAAGCUCUGUAAAGUAAUGGCCACAGCUGUAUUUUGGCUUUUUCUUCUUUUUGGUAGCUUGUAUCAAAUGUUGCAGUUUAUAUUGUGGAAUAAACCCUUGGUUAUGUUACAAAAUUCA